AUGUCCCCCUCCAGAAGUCCCCGUAUUGAGUUCAUGGACGAAGAUCCGAACACUCAGCAGCCUGGUGGACCAAGCUUCGACUACACGCGGUACAGAAACAUGCUGGAUACGUACACUCGGGGUGAAGUCUUGAUACUUCUGGAUUGUUGCUAUGCAUCUGCAGCUAUCGCUGGUCACGAUGGACCCGAGAUCCUGGCGGCUUGUCCUUGGUACGACGUAGCAAGCUCCGACCCAGCUAGGUGCUUCACUACAACGCUGAACACUGCUUUGACAAACAUGAAUGGUGCCCCUUGUAAGGUCGCCGAUCUCUACACGGUGAUGAAGCGCGAUCCGACCUAUAUGAACAUGACGGUAUCACCAAUCCAUGUCUUGGGAGCCGGAAAGUCACAGAGUGUGACAUUGGCCAAGUGUACCGGCCAGAACACUGUCGCCCAAGUUUCAAGAUCCAAGCGCAUCGCUCAACAGCAUGGCCACGCUACUGAUCGCGUCGUCCUAACCGUGCACAUUGUUGAUGUGGCUCAGGGCAACGACAUCCAGCAGUGGAUCCAGUGGCUCACAAGAGACGUGCCUAAUAACAUCGCAAGCAUCGAUGUCAAGGUCGAGGUCAUUGCGGCUCACCGGUCAGAGUCCAUUCAACUUCUCUUCUCCGUCCCAACUUGGGUUUGGACGUGCAUGGAUCCCACUGUGGAGGCCAUCAGCUUCGUCAGCCACGUUCGGGGACACAACUUCUUACCCCCUCCCACCCCUCGCCCAGUUGGUAUGCCCCUUCGCCAGGUCCGUCAGAACCAGAACGAAAAUCGGUCUCUUGGAGGUCACAAGCACUCGGCUAGCAUGGGUUGA